GUGGUGUGUCUCCAGAAAGACAUCAGCUCCUUUCCCUUCAGAGCUCCUUUGGCUGUGAAGGCAGUGCAGUACGAAGCUGAGCUCUGGUGGUGAUUGGGUGCUUUCUUCCACUUGCGUGGUUCCCUUUGGAUUGCAACAUGAGGAAGCCUGAAAUGAUUGUGUUAUGGAACCUGAUGGCAGCAGCCUUUGUCUUGGGUCAAACUUGGCCAAAUGCAAAGCUCAGUUCUCAGCCAAGCAGUAAUUUGAAGGUUGAUUGUCUGGCUAACUUGAUGAGGAUUUCCUUGGAUGAGGCUCUUGCCGUUGGAAACCAGCUCGAAGUUGAUGCAAUUAAUGGCACUAAACAGGUUAUGGUUACACCCAGUCUGGCAGCUCGGUGUGGAUACAGCAUGGAGUCUGACCCAUGGGGCAACACCAGAAUUUACACUUCUCUGUUGGGAUGCUAUGUGGACAGCAAGGAUGAUGUGACCUUCAAUGUCGGCUUGAAACUGAAGAUCUUCCGUAGUCCAGCUGAUGUGAUCAGUCAUGAUGUGUCCCAGACAUGCAGCUACACCCGCUGGGCCCCUAAAGAGAUCCUCUGUGACAGGAACUACAUGGAAGUGUCUACUUAUCUGACUACCAAACAAGCUGAAGCCAAGGGCCAGGAAACAGAUGACUCCAAGAUUAACACUAUUCCUGGUGCUUCUGGAGAAGAACAUGGAAUCUGGAAAAUGACCUUCUACACCCCUGAAGCCGUGUCCAUGGUUCUGAAGGAGGUCGAACAAGCAGGCUACAGUGCUAUGACUACCCCAACACGUCUUGUUGUACGAAGCCCUUACCAUACAUCAGAAACCUACCAUGAGGAUGUUGCUGGAGUCCCCAUGGAGGUCCUCAAAGUGAGCGUUUACCAGAAGGAACAGAAUGGAAUAAACAUCGUAAACUUGGUGGCAGCUUGCCCAACAGGCGGUGUCCUGUUCACUGACGAGCACAUUGCUUGGCACGUGCCUCGUCGUGUGACCCCUCUGCUGGAGGGCAAAUCUAAAAUGGUAGAAAUGUACAUGGGCAUCAAUGGACAAAGGCUGGAUAAGGCUCAGAUGGCUGCAAGGAAAUACACUCUGUCAACCACUGACUUCCAUAUUGUUGUUGAGAUCCCAAUUGGCUCACCUGAUGGCUACUACAAGAGUCAUGCUCCAAACUACCAAUACCACAUAACCUACACCAUCGAGCCCAUGCUUGAGAUGCUCUGGAGAGCUGAUGCCACUCAAGAUGACACCAGAUACAAGAUCUUGUUCCCCAUCACAACCCCACCAAUGGCUCGCCCUCCUUACACCGAUGACCGUACUGUCCCAGAGGAGAGAUCCUUCACUGUUUACGUAGGAACAUUUCUUCAAGAUGUGGAGCUGAGGAACAUCACUUACCCUAAUGGAGUCUUCACAGUUGAAGAAAGCAUUGCCAGAGGCUUGAUGGUUCAGCAGCAUGUCCUUCCCAAUGGAACAAGUGUCUUCUCUCUCCAAGUCUCCUUUGAUGCUGAGGCUGUCCUGAAGAACAAUCCUGAGCCCUUGAUCACAACUUACUCGCUCGCUGUGGUGUUUGGAUUUGUCGUCCUGCCUGAGGAGAUCCCCUUUGCCCAUCCAGUGCAGCUAGAGGCCUCUCUGAAGGAUGUUGUGCUACCAACACUAGAUGGAACCUGCGACCAGGAUCAGUUCUACGUCACAGUAACAUACGGCAGCCAAGGCAACAGCUUCAACACCCUGGUUGGACAAAGGGAACUGACGUCAGAUCUGGCUGAUGCUUACCAUUACCACGACAAUGGAACUCACUUCACCCUUCAAGUCCCUUAUGCUGCUGAAGACACAGCUUUUGAGGUGUUUGACACUGCAUCUAUCAGAGCCCGACUCAACCUGCUGCUCUGGGACGCAAAGAACCACUGGAUGCUAAAUGACUUCUACCUGACUUGCUACUUCCCCUUGACAACUACUAGAUGCCACUCCAAUGGAACCAUCUCCGCCUUGGCUGUGAAGGUUGAAUCCGUACCAAACCUCAACCCCAACUGGCUCACUCUGAGAGAUCAGUCUUGCAAACCAGUCUCCAGCAACAAGCGUUUUGCUGACUUUACCUUUGCUGCUGACUCAUGUGGAACCACCAGAACAUUCUUUGGCAACUACAUGCUGUACGAGAAUGAGAUCGGCCUGUAUCAUGGUGGUGAGAAAAGAGUGGCCCAUGCUUCACCAGUUGAACCUGACUACAGACAAACCAUCUCCUGCUACUACCUGGUCAACGACACCAAAACCCUUUCCUUUGACGCCAAACCACGAAAGUAUGAGCCAAAAGCUGAGAUCGGCUCAGGGCACAUGAUCGUUCAAAUGAGGCUUGCAUCAGACUCUUCCUACAACCACUUCUAUGAAGCUGAAGACUACCCAGUGCACCAAUACCUGAGGCAGCCACUCUACUUUGAAGUGGAGCUUAUGCAGUCAGCUGACUCUCACCUGGAGCUGAUCUUGGAGACCUGUUGGGCUAACCUUGAGGAAGACAGGACCUCUCUGCCCAGCUGGGACAUCAUUGUGAACGGAUGUGAGAACGCCGAUGAUGGCUACACUACCAUCUUCCACCCUGUUGCCAUGGAUACAAGAAUCGCAGUCCCCUCUCACUUCAAACGCUUCUCCAUGAAGAUGUUUACCUUCAUUGAAGACAAGAAGGUUCUGCAACAUGAGAUCUACGUCCACUGUAACGUCGUCAUCUGUGACAAUACUAACCCUACUGAAGGAAUCUGCCAAGGCCAGUGUGCUAAUCCUACUGCAGUCAAACCUACUGAUAAAGGAAUGAAAAGAGCCCAAAGAAGCACCACAACUCAAGAGCUGAUCUCCACUGGGCCAAUUGUAUUGACUCAAUGAUUUCAAUAAAUGUUUCUUAAAAAUAA